AUGUCUUCUCUUCCCCAGCUGACGCUCUGCAGGCUCCGCACACACCAGUGGUGCUUCAUCCUCUUUAAUGUCUUGCUUUUCCACGUGCUGCUUUUUGGGGCAGAUUUACUGGAGCAGUACUUCCUGCGUUCCCUGCCUCUCUCCUACACCGACGCCAAGACCCUGGAGAUCAGGGAGAGGGCCAGGAAGCUGGAUUUGGAUCUCCUGAAGGCCAACCUCUCUUACACUGGCAGCAGUGCAGUGACAUGCUCCAAUCAAGAGRUAUUUUUGCUCAUUGUUGUGUGCAGCAGCCCAGAGAACAGGACAAGGCGCGAUGCCAUCAGGCAGACCUGGGGUAACACGACGGGCUCCAGAGGUUACAGUGUCCUCACCGUGUUUGCUGUAGGAAAAGCAGCCUCACUGAGCACCCAGCUGGAGAUCAAUGAAGAGGCUCAGAAGCACCAAGACAUUAUUGAAGGCAGUUUCAUCGAUUCCCCCGAGACACAGACACACAAGAUGUUGAUGAGCGUGGAGUGGACAGUGACUUUCUGUCCACAGGCCAGGUACAUCCUUCAAACAGCCCAGGACGUGUUUGUGGGCGUUCCCAGCCUGGCUGUGUACCUGCAGAGCCUAACGCAGCCAGAGGACAUCUACCUGGGCAGGGUGGUUCAUCAGGGAGUGCCUGACAGGGACCCCCAGAGCCCUGCCUUUGUCCCCACUCACCAAUACCCCGAGCAGUUCUACCCGGAUUUCUGCCACGGCAGCGCUUUCCUCAUGUCCCAGGACGUGGCUCGCAAGGUUUACGUGGCUGCCAGGGAGGUGCCCCUGGUGCUGCCUCCCGCUGCUUUCGUGGGGAUCUGUGCUAAAAAAGCUGGAAUCACUGCCAGGCACAGCUCCCGCUUUUCUGGGGAAAAGCACAUCAGCUACAAUCGAUGCUGCUAUAAAUUCAUUUUCACCUCUUCCGACAUGAGAGAGGACGAGCUAUUUAAAGACUGGAAGGAAACAAACGAUGGGGAAGAUUGUUCCUUGUUGGAAACCUACUACAGCCUGGUGUCCUGCAAGGUUCUGACCUACAUUGACAAGUUCAAACAGUUCAACUUGGAUARAAUAAAAAAUGAGGUCCUUCAUUUUGUCAAUUAA